AUGUUACUGCUGUUUCUGUUCGUCGCCCUGUUCUUGGUGUGCUUCGGGAUGGGCGUGGUGUUCAUGGUGUACAUGUGCAUGCUGUGGUCGUCGAUGCUGCGGAACGGGGAGGGGAACAAGAGCGGGAAGGGGCUGUCCACAGCGGAGCUGGAGCGGCUGGGCGGGGAGGCGGACGGGGGGGCGGUGGCCGGCCAGGAGUGCGCGGUGUGCCUGGAGGACAUCGAGGCGGGACAGGCGGCGCGGGUGCUGCCCGAAUGCCGGCACGCCUUCCACCGCCUCUGCGCCGACCGGUGGCUCUCGGCGCACCCGGACUGCCCCCUCUGCCGCGCCCAACUCCACCCUCCUCCUCCCCCUCCCCCUCCGCCUCCCUUGGCUCCGCCUUCGGUCCCCGUGCACGUGGUCGUGGCUGCAUGA